CUCUACUGCCACUACUUUUUGUCAUAAUCUUUCUCCAAAAGAAACAUGCCGUUAAUGACAGCAGCAACAGCAGCAAAAGCAACAGCUACUACUACUACUACUACUACUACUUUUCAAGCGAUACAACAUCAAAAACAACAAACAAAAAAGCACCGGCAUAUCGAAAAACGGCACAGGUGCAAUGUUUGUAACAAACUGUUCAGUCGACCUAGCGCGUUACAAACUCACAUGUACACACACACUGGCGAAAAACCGUUUCAAUGCCCAAGCCCUGGAUGUGGCAAGUGCUUUGCAGUGGUCAGUAACUUGCGUCGUCAUUCCAAGGUCCAUACAAGCUCUCCAUCUCCACGACACCGGCUGUCUGCCCAAGUGCGACAUCAAUUCAUAGAGCAAAUGAUGCUACGCUAUCAAGAGAACCAACAUCACCCACAAGACUGGUGCUCGUGUCAUCAACAGCAAUCGCCUGCCAUUCAUUAGCAUUUGUUGUCGUGUUUUCUUCUUCUAGUACAUACUUUUACCAAAUACCACAAGUACAAUGGCCCAUAUACCACCACCUGCACUGUUUUACUUCUUGUCGUUCGUUUUCAUUAUUUAAACUUCUCUUUAUUUUUUUGUUAUUAGCUAUAUUACUAGAUUUUAUUCUAGCUUGUAUGUACGCAAUCCCUUCCUCCUCAUCCGUCCACUUUCAUCUCAUCACUGCUCUUUUUCCCUUUUUACAUAUUAUGCAUUGUCUGGAACACAUAUGCACCCGUCUUGUCUGCUUACUUUACAUAAUAUAUUAUAUGUUCUGCUGCCCACAGCUUUCCUGGUG